GAAUCUGCAGCAAUCGCUGGGUUUAAUCUGCGAGCCGGAGCUCUGUUGGUCGGGCGCUGCUGUGUCGAGCAGCCUCGAGCGCUGUUCUCUCUCUCUCUCUCCAGUCAGGUGCAGCGACUGCAUCAGCUAAGAGCGCAGCCACCACCACCACCACGACCACCACCACUUCCUCCUGUUCCUCCUCCUCUGCCGCCGACGCAGCUGCCACUGCUCUUCCGCUGAUGCCACUCCGGCCGACGCUGCUUCUGCCGACGACGAAAGAAGAAGGAGGCAGGCGGAGAGACGAGCUGUAGAUUCGAGUGCUCGAUAUCUGCGUGGCGCAAGAGAACGCACCGCUGAUCGGUCUUGUGGCCGAGUGCGGCUCUGGCUCGGGGCUGCUCGCUGGGCUGGGCUGGGCUCGGGGAAAUGUGACGGAGAAACACAACACGUUGUUGUUGUUGAUGGUGGUGGCGGUGUUCUCAUCUCCUUUCGCUUGCUUUUUACUUGUUUCGUGAAUCUUCCCGUCGCUUGCUAGACACGAGGACUCCUGCGGUAACGCGCGAGGCGAAGUCUGCCGCCCCACGGAACCCCCACCGGGGCGCGAUGUGGCUCUUCGUGUGAUACUCGAGCCGUGACACAGUCGCGGUUUUCAUUUGCUCGGACUUUGUUGACGGCUGCCGGCUCCUGCAGUUACUCCGACGGCGACGGUGAUUGAUGAUGAUGAUGAUGACGACGAUACAGCGCCGCUUAUUGCUCCAGCAUGUGAAGAGUUCACGGGCACAGUUGCCCACCACCACCACCUCCUCCUCCACCUCUUCCUCAUCCUCCACCACCGAGCCAACCGGACCGGCACCCGAGCAGGAGGAUUGAACGCGCGCAAGUUGAGAGAGGGGCGAACAUCUCUCACCAUUCCGCUUUGGCAAGAACGUUCACUCAGACGAGGUGGAGCGCGCGGAUCGCAGUGCCGGUAGCUCACUCGCUCACGCCCUUAGCGGGCGCUCGUUGGCUUCAUUUCAUUGUCUCCAAAACCACAUCGUCACGCCGUCGUCAGCCUAUCUUCGCUGUCAUCGCAGCGUCGUUAUCAUCCCAUCCCAUCACCACCACCGCUUUCGCCGCCGUCACCGACGUAUGCUCUUGGAGCGCGCAGCGGGGAAGGGCUGAGCGUACCACCCAACUACUCCGGGGAAGAUCGCAACCCUCCUCAGAUGAACAAUCAGUCUCGAACCGACCCAACCCGACCCGACCCGGCCAGGACCCGAGCCGGUCCUCAUCCCCGGGUGCUUCUCCGCGGGUUCCCUUCGGCUGCCUUGCUGCAACCCACCGCUUCCUCGCCAGUGUUAUCCCCCCCCGCCCCCACGCUGACUUGAGAUGAGCCGGCUACGCGUGAACGCGAUCCUGGGACUCGACGUCAGCGGCAGCGGCGGCGGCGGCAGCAGCAGCAGCACGGCAGGGCUCGGAUUCGUCUGCCUGCUGCUGCUCUGGCUGUCUCCCGCGAGCACCAGCGACUGCCCCAAGAACUGCAGCUGCUACAUGCUGCCCGUAACCGCGAACUGCCAGUCGCUGGGUUUCGUGAGGAUCCCAUCGGGGCUGCCCAGGAACAGCCACCGAGUGUUGCUUCAGAACAACCGCAUCACGGCGGUCCCUCGCGAGAACGCCCUCAGCCCCGACACCGUGGCGUUGUCGCUAUUCUCCAACAACAUCACCAUCAUCCAGCCCGGAGCGUUCGCCGCCUUCUCUCGGCUGGACGAGUUGGACCUCGGAAACAACCGUUACCUGCAGUGGCUGGACGCGGACACGUUCCUCGGACUCGUGAACUUGCACACGCUGCAUCUGUACCGAUGCGGGCUCCAGGAGCUGCCAGACCGGGUGUUCGCCGGUCUCAGGGGCCUGCAGCAUCUGUACCUGCAGCAGAACGAGCUGAUGCAUCUGCAGGAUGACCUGUUCGGGGAGCUGUCGAACCUCACCCACCUCUUCCUGCACGGCAACAAGCUGCUGAGUCUCUCCGACAACGUCUUCCGGGGGCUGCACAGCCUCGACAAGCUGCUGCUGCACCACAACAGGCUGCGGGCAAUCCGCCGUCGCAUCUUUCGCGGCCUCUCGGCCCUCUCCACCCUCUACCUGUUCAACAACGAGCUCACCGAGCUUUCGGGCCACGCCAUGGGUGACCUGUCGGGCCUCCAGUACCUGCGGCUCAACAACAACACGUGGGCCUGCGACUGCCGCCUCUUCUCGCUCUGGGAGUGGUUCAAGCGCUUCCGCGGAUCGAGCACGGAGGUCGUCUGCCACUCGCCCUCGAACCUCGUCAACCGCAACCUCAGGUCGCUGGCGGAGAACACGUUCAUGUCGUGCAACCUCGGCCCCACCUCGUCGACCUUCUACGCCGUCGCCACUCACCCGUUCCGCCCGGACAAGGCGUCGGGAACCCGCGCCCCGAAGACGCCGGCGGCGCCCGGGAUAGGAGUCGGAGGAGGAGUCGGAGGAGGCGGGGAUGCCAAGACGUCGGCCGUGGCAAUCUCGCCGAUCGUCAAGGUGCCGACGAGACGGAAGUGCCGCAAGCACACGGCGGCGCGCGCCCGCGCGAACGCCGCCGGGCAGGGCUACCUCGACGGCAAGCAGGAGCGCGACGGCGCCGCCGGCGAGCUGCCGCACCUCGACACCUACUUCAAGGAGCUGGACGACGACGUCGGCGGCGGCGGCACGCAGCCCGCCAGCCCCAAGUGCAGCCGGAACAAGAAGGAGGGGGCCGACCUCCAGCACGGAGGGCAGGCGGCGGGAGGGGGCGCGGCCGGGCGCGUCCACGGGCGGCCCGGCGCGGGGUUCGACGCCGUCGCCAGGUGCGCGCUGGGCCCCGUGGCGGCGGUCGCGUUCGUCCGCCUGGCGCGCGGGCCCCUCGUCUAG